AUGAACACAGAAUCAGGUUUCUUACCUGUACACACUCAAGAAUUAGUAAAGCCAAUCAAACCAAAGAUUUCUCGUACCAGUACAAGCAAAGUCCGAACAGGCUGCAUCACUUGCAAAAAACGUCACGUCAAAUGUGACGAAGCAAAACCUCAUUGCGGUAACUGUACCAGAAAUCGAAGGAAAUGUGAAGGCUAUGCCACCGUGGCCAAGAAGAAGAAUGCAUCACCUCCCCAAAUUCGAUGGGAUUCGAAACAUAUUACUCACACGGCACCUCUGAAGGCUCAGCUACAUCUUGUCCACGACUGGCUACACUUUAGAGACGCUGAUAGUGUGAUCUACUUUGAACAAUUCGUGGGAGUUGUGCAGAGUCCAUGGAUCGCUGCCGGCUUCAAUAAUGAUCUGUGGGCUGUGACAUUGCCACAGGUUGCUCGCACAAACGACGUAGUACGGCACGCUGCUAUUGCCAUUGGAGCUUUGAGCAAGUGGUUUACCAAGAAUCACCAUGGGUCACUCGGCUCAUCUCAGCUUAUUAUGAGUGAAACUGCACAGAACGACCCAGAUUAUCUAAAUGCCGUUGGCCAUUACUGCCAUGCCUUGAGAUUGCAGAGUCAACAGCCCUGUAUGCAAGAUGCAGUGUUUCUUUCAAUCCUGUUUCUUUGUUUCGAGAUCCUGCGCGGUAACAGGAAGGCCGCCUUGGAUCACAUCAACCAUGGUUUGGCCAUGCUACUUGCUCUCGUUACAGACCCAGACUCACGACUGAUGACAUCCGUGGCCCCGAACCCGAAGCCUCUCAUCGCAGUGGUGGCAGACAUCUUUACCCAUUUGCUGCCUCAGAUUCGGUUGGUACUACAAGGAAGUGUUGGUCAAAGUCCAGCAGUGCCCAACUUUGCAAAGGGCCUGCGGGAUAAACGGGAGACGGCCGAGUCAUUUAUGAGACUUGUUGGUGACUUGCCCCGAUCCUAUCGUCCCACUGACAAGCUGCCGCCCGUUCUCGACAGUCUGGACGAAUUUGAGAGAUAUUGGAUGACAGGCCGAAACGCAAAACUGGCCGUAGGCCCUCUGUUGAUGGAGGCUGUCCACAAGUCUGGUGCUUUGAACUCGGCUGAUCCUAGCAUGAUGUCAGAAUUAUGGAGGCAAAUCAUGGCCGACCCUCGCAUUCAAGAGAUUUGCGAAGCCUCCAUGAAAGAGCUGCACGCCCUUGAAGCUGCCUUUAUGCCACUGUUCAAUCGUGCCAUCAUGUCUGAACCUGGAUCAGUGGAAUACAUGAGGGCUAUCCAUCUGCGCCUGCACUAUUUGGGCACGUGUACGUUUGAGGAUCUUACGCACUUCUUCGACCCUGCACCAGUUCAGGCCAAGACGCCAAUGUUUCGCGAGUAUCUAUCCCUGGCAGACAUAAGUCUACGAACAGCAAAGCAAGGCUUGAAAAGCCCAGCGCAUCACAUGUCUCUACAGUGCGGUCUAGCUUUACACCUGUUCCUCAUCUCAAUUUUCUGCCGAGAUGCUUUACUGCGGGACGAAGCCAUGUGGAUGCUGAAAGACUACCCUGGGCAGGAUGGUAUAUGGAAUGCGCGCUCACUGUAUGUGCUGGCCCUCAGGAACAGAAGUGUGGAGCGUAUCAAUGCUUCAGAUGGUACAGCUUCAGAGCAGUGGCGUCGUCUUUUACGCCGUGAAUAUUUGUUCGAAGAAGGGGGUCAACGGAUUGUGUUCUGCUUCUUGGACAAAGACCCAGUGAAUGGGGAAUGGGGGCUAGUGGAAGAAACUGCUGAAGUCAAGGGUGAUCUCGAUGCGGUUCAGUGGCACAGAAGGCCUCUAUCAGCAGCUGGGAAGCCUCUGAUGGGGGAUAUAAUAACGCUUUGGCCAGAACUGAUGGAGUGA